AUUUUUCCUACAUUUUGAGGAAAUUGUUGGACUCUGACAGGAGAAGCAUUUAUUAGCGCCUGCAUUUCUUUAUUCCUCGUAUAUCUUGGCUGCCUUUACUGUCCAUUCCUCUGGCUGGUGCUGGUGGUGCUGGUGGUGAAGCCGGGGCAGGCAUGGCCCAGGAGGCAGGCAUGGGGGUGACCCUCCAGGACACCCUGGCAGUGCCCCCCAUGCCCAAGCACUCCGGCCUGAAUGAAGACCUGGUGAAAAUUCUGCGGGAAAACCUGCUGCAGCCGGAGAGGCCAAGAGGACAACGGCGAUCACCGUCUUCCAUCUCCCCCCGCCUCUCCCCCCGCAACUCGCCACGACUGCUUCGCCGCAUGCUGCUCAACAACAACACCCACAAACAGAGGCGCUUCACUGUCGCACACACAUGCUUCGAUGUGGACAAUGGCACAUCAUCAGGUCGCAGCCCCCUGGACCCCAUGGCCAGCCCGGGCUCAGGCCUCAUCCUGCAGGCCAAUUUUGUCCACAGCCAACGGAGAGAGUCGUUCCUCUACCGCUCUGACAGUGACUACGACCUCUCGCCCAAGUCUAUGUCCCGAAACUCCUCCAUUGCCAGUGACAUUCAUGGUGACGAUAUGAUUGUAACGCCAUUUGCACAGGUUCUGGCAAGCUUGAGAACAGUACGAAACAACUUUGGUGCAUUAACUAAUCUAUCACAAGACAGAGCGGCCAAUAAGAGAUCACCCAUGUGUAACCAACCCCCCAUCACCAAGACCACCUUCACGGAGGAGGCCUACCAGAAACUGGCCACUGAGACCCUGGAGGAGCUGGACUGGUGUCUGGACCAGCUGGAGACACUGCAGACAAGACACUCCGUCAGCGAGAUGGCCUCCAACAAGGUGCUGGAGAUGAACUCAGACACCUGGUUCCCAGAGCGGCUCAUCUCUGACAGCCCAAAUGGGGAUUCCCUGAAGGAAAGGCAGUAUUCGGAGUUGGCGCUGAUGUACAAUGACUCAUCGGUGUUGGAAAACCACCAUCUAGCAGUCGGUUUCAAACUUCUACAAGAGGAGAACUGUGACAUCUUCCAAAACUUGACCAAAAAACAAAGACAAUCUCUGCGAAAGAUGGUCAUUGACAUUGUGCUAGCUACAGACAUGUCAAAGCACAUGAAUCUACUGGCUGAUCUGAAAACUAUGGUUGAAACCAAGAAGGUGACCAGCUCUGGUGUCCUGCUGCUGGACAACUACUCAGACAGGAUACAGGUUCUGCAGAACAUGGUGCACUGUGCAGAUCUGAGUAACCCCACUAAGCCUCUCCAGCUGUACCGGCAGUGUACGGACCGCAUCAUGGAGGAGUUCUUCACCCAGGGAGACCGAGAGAGGGAGAGGGGCAUGGAGAUCAGCCCCAUGUGUGACAAACACAAUGCCUCAGUAGAAAAGAGCCAGGUGGGUUUUAUAGACUAUAUCGUCCACCCUCUGUGGGAGACGUGGGCGGACCUGGUGCACCCAGACGCCCAGGACAUCCUGGACACGCUGGAGGACAACAGGGAGUGGUAUUCAAGCACCAUCCCCGCAAGCCCCUCCCCCACCCUGGACGAUCCCGAGGAUGGAACGAGACCUCCAGGAGGGGACAAGUUCCAGUUUGAGCUCACGCUGGAGGAGGACGGGGAGUCGGACACUGAGAAAGACAGCGGCAGCCAGCCGGAGGAGGAGGAAGAGGAAGAGGAACUAGAAGAUGAGGAUGAUGAUGAGGAGGAGGAUGAAGAUGAGGAAAACAGCUGCACUGACUCUAAAACACUCUGUACGCAGGACUCUGAAUCUACAGAGGUUCCUUUGGACGAACCGUUGGGGGACGACGAAGAGGAGGAGGUAGCGGAAGAGGGGGAGACACCCUGCACACAAACCUGUGUGGUGGAGGAGGAGGUAGCAGAGGAGGGGGAGAAAGAGGAGCCCCCCCACACAUAGCAGUGUCUGGACAGCAGCUGAUUAACUGUUCUUCUUAGUAAUGACAGAUGAUUAUUUAUAGAAUAUUUUUUGGGUUUCGUGGAGUUUGUCUGUGUUUUUUAUACAUCUUUGUUUCUGGUUCCAAAGCGUGCGCUGCUCUUCACCUUGGCCACUCCUCCUGUCCGCUUCGUUCAGACACCGGUACUUCUUCAAGUUAUUUUGCACUCAGGAAAACUCCUCUCCAUUCCUCUUUGUACUAAAGUGGUGUGUCCUUAUUUCUCUUUUAGGCCUCCCCUUUACAGGCUUAAGUUUAGAACAUGGACUAACAGCUCUCAGUCUGCUCAGAGCUGUUCACACGAUACAUAAUAUCACAUUUUCCUUCCCUCCGCUUCGGCUCAGCAUUGCCUGAAAGUUUAGCAGUAUUUCUGUGUUUUAUCAAGUGCCCAUACUUGUGGCUAUCAGUGUGUUCAAGGAGAAUCUCCCCCUCGGUUAGGUCACUCCCUCCCUCUGAGAAUUAGGAGGCAUUAUAUGCUGCCGUUCUGCUGAAAACCCGACGGGACAGAGAUGAAAGCUGCAGGACACGGGGAGCUUUUCGAGACACACGUUUCUGAUGUGGAAGUCUUCCUUGAAAACCUGACUGAUACAAAGCUCAAAUCUGAACAGCUGAGAUGCUGUCCUAGACCUCUUUAAUGUUUGUAUCGUACUGUGUGUAAGAGUCAGAUAUUUUCUAGAAUUUACUUUUGCAAUCCUAGGCUUUGUUUUGUUAGCAGAGAGGAUUAGAGAACCAAUGGGAAGACAUGUGUCACAGAUAUUCAGUGUUUUGAAGGUGUAUCUUCACCGCUGGAUUACAUUAGGAGUGUUUGCACUUGCUCCAAUAGCAUUUAAACUACUAUUACCAUGCCACUAUACCCAUAUUCGGUUAGUCCUGUGAGUGAAAUUUUGAAAUUAUUCAUUACAACUAUUCGUUUGGUGAGAGUUUUCACUGAGAAGGAGGCGGGACGUUACUGUAUGCUUUACUUUCAUUGAAAUUUGGAUGAAGCCUUUAUAUUUUAUUAUCGUUGCCUGCAGUUCUUUUGAACACAUCCUGAGACAAUGCAAUGCUUUGUAGUUGAUACAAAAAGCACCUUUUUUUAGAAGCUUGAUUAGUGCUUGGAGUAUACAGAAAUACUGUAGUAAUGGUGAGUGAAAACUACUGGGGUGAUUUUAUACCAAUGUUAUGAAAGCUUUUACUGUCCUUUCUUUUCUUUUGCUCAUUAACAGUGAUGUACUUAUCACCAUCAGCUGCUUGUUUUCAGCUUCACUUCAUUUUCUAUUCGGCGGCAUGAAUUUAUUUUCAUUUUGCCAACACAAUUAACCCAGUUGCUGUCUUUGUUUUCGAAAAGACAAUCAGCUCCGUUGCAUAGUCUUCAGAUAAGACUAUCCUCUACGUAGAUACUCUUGAUGCACUGAUAUAUUAAUAUAUCACCACUUUAAUAUUUGUAAUGUGUCAACUCGCCAAACCCCUCACUCAUGAAUAUUUAGGCUAGACCAGUGCUGUCUUACACCUCGUCCAAGACUUGCUUCUUUUUUUCAUGUUUUUUUUAUUUUCACCUGAUGCUAUUAUUUAUUGGUAUAUUUUUUAUUUUUUUAGUAUUUUUUGCAAUAUAAAGGUGGUACAGUAAAUGUUUGACUGUAGCAUAGACCACAGUGCAGGCUUGGCUGUUACAAUACUCAAAUAUCCCUUUUAUUUCUCUGUGUACAUAAAAUAUAGAAAACCCACAAAUGUAAAAAAAACAACUAAAAAACACUUGAAAUACUGCACACUGCUUUUUUUAACAAGUGUUCGUCCUUUCAAAAGCUAAUUUUAUCUUUCAUUUUGUGCCAAGUUUUUUUUCCCUCUUUUUUCAUCCUCACCCAAUGCCCUUACCUGUAAUACAAUGUUCUGGUUUUAUCGCUGUUUACAAACAUAUAUUUAUUGUGCUGUAUAUAAUAUAUAAUUAUUAAUGUUAUUACUAUCAUAAUGCCGUUUGUUGUAAAUGGUCGAUUCUUAUCAUCCCUUUUGGUGAUGGUGUGGCUGUAUUACGUACCUCUUGUUGAGAGAAUGUUUAUAACAGAUGAGCUUUGGUGUAAAAAAAGAUCCAUGGACAUGUUGCUUACCUGAGAAGUAGCUCAGUGAAGAGAGGGGGAAAGCCAAAUUGUUUUUUCAAAGAAACUGUUCCUUGGCCCAUGGGCUGUGCCUUAAAUUCAAAGCAUGUCAUUUACUUUAGCCUUUUUUUCUAUUUGAUUUCCUAGUUCUCUUUUGCUGCAUUAGUGGAUCUUUUGGCUUGGGUUGGCCUGACCUCCUGCUGUGAGUUUGAAAAUGUUGCUUUUUUUUCUCACAGCCAAACACAUAUUUAUCUAUCAAAAAUGUGUUCCUGGGUAAAAUUGUGCAGGAUUCAGGUCAAUCACAAGCCAUAGAUGUACUCCCUGAGUGAUGUGUGGCCUAAAGCCGGAUGUCCAAGAGUCGUAUUUGCUGUAGACCUGGUGUGAACAACUGGCACUUCCUUACGCCCUGACACUGCACUCACUGUGACACACCCGCUGGGAUGUAAACGAUACGGGAGUGACUUUGUCCGUGCAGAGGUACUGCAGUGUCGUCUCCAUGCGUGUGGGAGUGUCACAGCUACAAACACUGAACGGGGUGAAACAGGUGUGUGUCCCGCUGCUCAACCACAGCCUACAAAGCACAGAGUCUUUGAGACACAUCUGCAUGUUCAGCCACUGCUGCAUUAAUUAUGGCUGAAACACUGACGGUGUGUUGCUUAUCUAUGCUCGGCCCACACUUUCACUCACAUGACUUGCAAUAUCCAAAACCACUGACAUCUUUCUGCCUGGACGGGAGAAGGGUUUAGUAUAUUUCUGUAGUGAGGGGUGGGCUUGGGGGGGUGGGCUGGGGUAGGGGUUUUGAGUGCAUCUUUGUCCAAAAACAGGGACUCUUAUUUUGACACACAUACUGUAGAUUCUAAACAGCCCUGGACCAAUGGAAACAGUGGGUUCUUUUAUCAUUAUGUGUUCUAUUUUUUAUGGUAUGAAAGGAAAACACAAACUGUAACUUAAAAAAAGGUCUUCAGGACAAUUAUUUUUUUGGGUUAUGUCUUUUUGUCUGGAAGUUUCACAGGACAAUUAAAAUGUUAUUUUAAUGGAUUCCUUGUUAAUUGCAGUCUAUUGGAUAGCACUGUAGAUCAUACAACUUUAUGUAAAAAACAAAUGAAAAUAAUGAAAAAAAAGUUUUUAUAUGCAAUGGAUUAAAUAAAAGCAUGGGUUGAUUCUGCCUACUCA